AUGUGUGGAAAGAUGGUGGCCAUUGCCGCAUGCAAGAGCCAAGCAGGACGGAAUGUGAAGAGCAAUGUGUGCAAGUGGUGUGAUAAUACCUACCCAGUAUGUGAAGACCAAGUGUGCUACAGCAACUGUGACUUAAGCUCCUAUUGUGAGAAACCAGAAGAGAUUUGUGUCUCCAUAUGGAAACAAGACAAUGACAGCAUCAGGGUGAGCACUCUCUGUCACAACCCACAGUUCCCUGUGGAAAACGUUAUGGUUCCUAAGUAUAACACAUCGCAGUGUGUUAUGGUCCGCCAGCACAAUGAGGAUGGGAUAUUUUACAUCUGCGGCUGUGUGAAUGAACAGGAAUGCAACGACAAGCUUGUAUUUAAAAACCAGACCAAUGGGUACUCUAUGUUACAAAGCAAGGAAAUAAUUCCCGUGGCAGCCAUCAGUCUGCUGCCCCCCCUGCUAGUCGCCAUCAUGAUAACCGUGAUAUUCUACCUCUGCCGAACCCACAGGCAGAGGAAGAGAUCUAAAGACUGGGCCCAGAAACAGACUCAGCGCCACAUGCUGCCUGAAUCCAGCAGAGCCAGCAACUACGACGAGAUAUUAUCUGUCAAGACAGACCACCACGCCACCCUGAGCUCAGCCUGUGCCAGCAACAUCAACCACAACACUGAACUGUUGCCCAUUGAGCUGGAUGAGAGAGUGGGGAAAGGGCAGUUUGCUGAAGUCUGGAGAGCAAGACUCAAGCACGCCUCAUCCAGCCAAUAUGAGACCGUGGCAGUGAAGAUUUUCCCUUGUGAGGAGUAUGCCUCCUGGAGAAACGAGAGCCAGAUCUUCACUGAUAUCAACCUUAAGCACGGCAGCAUCCUUCAGUUCCUCACAGCAGAAGAGAGGCACUCCGGCCUCCAGAAAGAAUAUUGGCUCAUCACAGCCUACCACAGUCAAGGAAACCUCAAGGACUACUUGUCCAGGCACAUUCUGAGCUGGAGAGACUUGCAAAAGAUGGCCGGUUCUUUAGUCAGCGGUGUGGCUCACUUGCACAGUGACUACACUCCUUGUGGCAGUCCAAAGGUCCCCAUUGCCCACCGGGACAUCAAAAGCACCAACAUCCUAGUAGCAAACGAACACGAAUGUGUGCUCUGUGAUUUUGGGAUUGCUCUGAGGCUAGAUCCAGCCUUGAGUGUGGAGGACUUUGCUAACAGCGGGCAGGUGGGCACUGCCAGGUAUAUGGCUCCUGAAGUUUUGGAAUCCAGAGUGAAUCUUGAAGAUCUGGAGUCAUUCAAACAAAUGGAUGUCUACUCCAUGGCCUUAGUUUUAUGGGAGAUAGCCUCCAGGUGUGAAGCUAUAGGAGAAGUCAAGAAUUACGAGCUCCCAUUUGGGUCUAAAGUUCAAGAACAACUCUGCAUGGAGGUUAUGAGAGACAUAGUACUGCAUGGUCGAGGACGUCCAGAGAUACCAAGUAACUGGUUGAUACAUCAGGGAAUGCAUUUCCUGAGUGACACCAUCAUAGAAUGCUGGGAUCAUGACCCUGAAGCCAGACUCACGGCCCACUGCGUGGCAGAACGUUUUAACCUGAUGGCACAAAUGGACUGCGAUGACAUCCUCAACAACAACCACCACCACAACACGGACAGUGAGGCAAGCAAACUGGGCUGCCCAAGAGAGGAGCAUCAGAACAGUGACAGGAACAUGUAGCGAUGGAAGAAAGAGAUCAGGGCGGGACAGAAGCACUCAAGGCCUUGCCACUCUGCAAAAACAUACCAAACACCCCCACCCCACCCCCAAUUCAGAGAGUAAAACAGAGCCCGAGGCCUUUUAUUCCCUAGGCAGAGCCACUGUAUUCUUUUUUUAAUGCACAACAAAAAUAUGUACGUCAUUUCAUAAUUUCAAAUGUAAAAUACACAUUUGCUUUCUUCUAAGAAUGAUUAUUAACCAUUGGGCAUUU